AUGGCAGCAGAAUUUUGGCCGAGCCAGCCCAGCCCCGGCUGCUCCUGGGGCCCAGCAGACCCCGCUCGGCCUGGGCUGGUGGCAGGGCAGGGCUCGGUAGCAGCAGUAUGUCAGCAGCCGCAGCCGCGGCCCGGCCUCGGCCCCGCGGCCUCCCCUUUCCUUGCCCGGCAGCGAUGGGGCCCGGCGGGCGCCCUGGAGAGGGGCUCGGGCCCGCGGCAGGGGCUGCCCGGCUCGGCCUGCCUGACACGGGCCCGGCCCAGCCCGGCCUCCUCACCUGCUCUCAGGCCAGAAGGGAAAAAGACCCUCCUGGGCUUUUUUGUCUUUAACAGGCUGUGGCUGCUGCUGGCGGCGGCGCUGGCGGCGGGCGGCGGCUCGGAGCACCCCCGGCUCCGCGAGACCGUGCUGCAGGACCUGGCCCGCGGCAAGGUGGAGACCUGCGGCGGGUGACGGCUGAAUCGCCUCAGGGAGGUGAAGGCGUUCGUCACCCAGGACAUCCCGUUCUACCAUAACCUGGAGAUGAAACACCUGCCUGGUGCUGACCCUGAGCUUGUGCUCCUCAGCCUCCGGUAUGAGGAGCUAGAGAGAAUUCCCCUGAGCGACAUGACCCGGGAAGAGAUCAACCAGCUGGUGCAGGAGUUGGGCUUCUACCGCAAGGAGACGCCUGAUGCCCCUGUGCCAGAGGAGUUCCAGUUUGCCCCUGCCAAGUCUCUGCCAAUACUGCCGCCCCCCCAAGCACCCACUGCUGAUGGCAAGACCCCACCCAAACAUGACAAGGAAGAACACCCAGACCUCUAGCAAGGAGUGGCACCCUUAGGACAGGGUCCUGCAGCCAGUCCCCAGUGCAGGGAAUGAGGGCGUUAUGGCAGCUGGACAUGGUGUCACAGGGUGGCAAAGGUUUUCCCCCCCACUCUUGCUUGUGUGCUGGUUGAUGCCCUCCUGUCCUUGGAGCCCAUUAUCCUUGGCCAGUCAGGAGGAGCAGCAUUUCUUGCAGUCUCUUGCUGUGCCCAGAUGUUUAGCUGCUCCCAGCACCGGGCAGCAGUAUCCUGCUUGCAUGGGACAGGAUGAAACCCUCAGCAGAAAGCACCAGGUGCUAAGGGUAGAUGUGCUGAGUCCCAAAGGUGGGAGAGCUGUCCCAAGAAGGGGAAUUUACCCCCCAGCAGGGUUUAUGUCAUAUCCACCUCCUAGUAAAGCUUUUAUUUGCAGUCA